GUCUGCAGUUAUUCAGGGUUCUUGGCAGGAUGCUCUGUGAGGAAAAUCCACGUGAUCAAGUUCUGGAAGACUGAGAGGUCGGACUAUAAAAGGAUGGCUUCGCAGGAGUUCACAGCUUAUCUGCAGACGUCUUCUCCCAGGUUUGAUUAAAAAAAACUGUUUUUCAGUCUGUUAAUGAUGCGGCUUUAUGGAGCUCUGAUCCUGUUUAUGAUUCUGUCCACAGCAUGUGGAUUAAAAUGCUACUCUUGUGUAAAAGCCGACCCUACAACCUGCACAAGGAUCUCAACUUGUCCUGAGCCUCUGGACCGCUGUUUCUCCUUAAAUGUGACCGGUUACAUUGCUAAGGGCUGUCGAAAAAGCAUUAACUGUGUAAGACCAGUAUCGUGCUGUGAAGAGGACUUGUGUAACAGUGCCAUACCCACUGGACCCAGUGUCGUCCUCCUGCUGGUGUCCUCAGCCAUCAUCACACUCUUUCUCUGAGGCUCUGGAAUAGCUACAGCUGAGAAUAUUAUCCUUUUUUUCUAACCACAUUUGAACAGCUCAAGAACAAUUAUAUAGUAAAGCUGAUUAUCUUUUCAAUAAAACCGCAAUUUGAUCGACCAUUAAUUUAUUUGAUUCCUUAGGUUCUUCUUCUUAAGUUUUACAUGCUAUUUACGGCAACAAAUAUCUUCGUUAUGAAGAUACUUAGAAGGUUGAGAGAAAAAACAAGACAUAAAUUAUGAGCAAUCAGGAGCAAAUCAACAAAUUAUAUAGUCAGUUUUUGAUCUUGAGAAUUUUUGAAACAGACCAGGCAGACCUUAAUGUUUUGGACAUUCUGGUUUGAUGUAUUUAGUUACCUUUUACACAUAUCACUGCAAGUGCUUAUAUGUCCUCCUGGCAGACUUAUAGAGAAGCUAGAUGGACAACUGUGAGAAAAUAAACUUUUUCCAAUAUUUAUCAUUAGUUAUGUUCAUUUAUUUUUCCAUAGAUUUCCUAAUGCCGAAUGUGAAAUGUCAGAUUUUAUCAGUGGAGCAAUUUGAAGUGAACAUUACUACUUACAGCAAAGAGAUUUUAUCUGCACUAUGAAACAAGAAUCCUUUGAGAUACCAUUAAUGAGUCCUUACUAUACACUGAUAAAUCUAUACACCAUAGAUUUAAAUAAAGGCAUUUAUGUAGCUACAAAUCCCUUAGUUUCCCAUUAAUUUCAAAAAGUGAAAAGUCAACCUCUUAAAAAAACCCUCACUUUCAUGAAGAAAAUAAGCAGUACAAUGCUUCUCUUGAUUAACACGAUUUUUUGAAAUAUUUGACAAAUCCCUCCAUUAAUAAUGUAAAGUUUCAUUAAGGAAUACAACAGAGGUGUCCUAUAUCUUUAGCUCCAUUUUAAUAUUUCGGAAAACAGUGUUAUCUGUAUAUACUGGGUGAAUAUUUCGACUCGUUGCGCAUCCUGCAGGCACACCAACAAGACAUCCUGGAGUCGAGUGAAGUAAGAGGUUUUGUGUCUGUAACAAACCUGGCGCAUGUAGCCUCAUCUGGCUGGUGAGUAUCAUGUCUGUCUGGACUGCAUGCGAGGCCAGUUUGUUAUGGAGCAGUCCUACAAGCUGCGGUCGACAGUGAUCAGGGGGUGCGUCCACAGAGGUCGGUGUAGAUCGGGUCAAAGUUCAACCAACUGGAGCUU